AUGGAGUCUUACUUCGGUUUUAAUAGCAGCAGUCUAAAGGAGAAAUUCAAGAGUAAACUGGCACAGGCUACAAAGUUGAUACCUAAGGAUAUAGUUAAUAAAGCUCAAAAUGUCCUUAAUCAAAGAAAGAGAAAUUAGUCUUUUACCUCUCCAGAAACUCUCGACGAAGAUUAAAAUGAUGGUGAAACUAUUGUAAUAGAUAUCAAUAUUUAGAAUUAAAACAAGAAGAAAUCAAAUGAGUUCAAUUGUGAUGAGUCUAUCUCAAUGAAAAAAGAUCAUUACUUCAAGAAAAAUUAAAAUGACAACAGCUAGGAAAGCCCAGACUCUAAAAGCUCCAACAAUUUAGAUGACAAAUUUGAAGUGAUUGCUUAACACAGACAAUCUCUAAAAAGUUAAUAACCUGUUUUAGAGUUACCAGAUCCCACCAAAGCAUGCAAUGAUAUCAUAAAGAACCUAAUGAGCUUUAACAUUAAGAACUUAGAGCAGUAAUCUUCUUAUAGGAUUAAGGAACAGGCCAUUAACAUAAUCAAUCUAAUAAAUUAACCUAAGAUUAAUGUGGUUGCUCUUUAAGAUCUAUGUUUCAACUCAGGUAUACCAGAUGAAAUUAAAGGACUCAGACCACUAGCAUGGCGCAUAUUGUUAAAUCACUAUCCGCCAGAUACUAAGAGUUGGGAGUAGCAUAUAAUAGAUUAAAAAGAGGUUUAUGAUGGCUGGAAGAGAGAUUUAAUCAUUAAGCCUACAAUAAAACAAGAGGAAGAGUACAAGUAAGCAAAGAGAAUGAUGGAUCAUCCAUUGUCUUUAAGUAGUGACUCUAAGUGGAAGUAAUUCUAUUAAGAUCAAGAGAUCUGGGAUGAAAUAGAGAAAGAUGUAAAGAGAACUCGCACAGAUCUUUCAUUCUUUUAUCAGGCAGUGGAUAAUAACAAAAAUGUAAACAAUAUGGAUCUACUCAUGAAACAGGCAGAAUGCAAGAGAAGUGAAUUGACACUAGAAUAGAAGGAGAAAUUCAUUGAGACUCAUGCAGAUGUACUACUCAGAGUAUUAUUUAUUUACGCGAAGCUAAAUCCUGGAAUUAGAUAUGUACAGGGAAUGAACGAGGUAUUAGCUGUAAUUUACUACUGUUUCUGGCGAUAGGGAGAUGAACUUAUUAUCAGUAAUUAGUACCUAGAGAGUGAUCUGUUUUUCUGUUUCAAUAAUCUGAUGUCUGAAAUUAGAGAUGGAUUUUUGAGAGAAUUAGAUAGAGAGCAAAGUGGAAUUACUGGCAAGGUCUAAACAUACGCUAAUAUUUUGAAAGAAGUUGAUCCCUUGGUAUACAGAAAUCUCUAAGAGCAGAAUGUUAACCAUCAAUUUUAUGCAUUAAGAUGGCAAAUGCUGUUAAUGUGCUAGGAAUUUGAUAUGAGUAAUGUGCUUGUACUGUGGGAUGCGCUCUUUUCUGAUAGUGAAAGAUUUUCGUUCUUGAACUAUGUAUGUUGCGCAACAGUGAAUCUAAAAAGAAAGAUUGUGCUAGUAGGAGAUUUUGCUGAAUGUAUGGAAAAUCUGUAAAGAGCAUGUGAUCAUUUAACUGAUGUGAGUGAUCUAAUUAAUGAUGCUAAGAAAAUACAAGAGAAACAUUUUAAGUUAAAGAUCAAGGAGAGAAUAAAAUACGAAAAUAUGAUGUCGUUAGAUGAUGAUAUUUGA